GCGGCUCCCCGCGGAGCCCCGGAGCCCCGGGCCGCGGGCUGGAAGGCACGGAGGAGCGCUGCCGCGGGCCCGGGGCGCGCGCCGCCCUUCCCGAAAGCGGACCGUGCUAUGACAGCGGGGCGCCCCGAGGGGCCGACCCGGGCGUCCGCGGCCAAGUGGUGGGCGAGCCGGGAGCCGGCGGCGGGGUCGCGGCGGCGCGGCCCGGGGGGCGACCGUGGCUCGGCGGCGCCCGCGCGGCCGGGGGGCUCCUGGGGGCGUGCGCCCCCCGCCCGCUGCCCUCGCGGAUGCCUCCCGGCGGCGGCGGGCCCAUGAAAGACUGCGAGUACAGCCAGAUCAGCACCCACAGCUCCUCGCCCAUGGAGUCGCCCCACUCCAAGAAGAAGAUCGCCGCCCGGAGGAAAUGGGAGGUGUUCCCGGGCAGGAACAAGUUCUUCUGCAACGGGAGGAUCAUGAUGGCCCGGCAGACCGGCGUCUUCUACCUGACGCUCGUCCUCAUCCUGGUCACCAGCGGGCUCUUCUUCGCCUUCGACUGCCCGUACCUGGCGGUGAAGAUCACCCCCGCCAUCCCUGUGGUGGGUGGAAUUCUCUUCUUCUUCGUGAUGGGGACCCUGCUGCGCACCAGCUUCAGCGAUCCCGGGGUCCUCCCGCGCGCCACGCCCGAUGAAGCCGCCGACCUGGAAAGGCAAAUAGAUAUUGCAAAUGGCACCAGUUCAGGGGGGUACCGCCCACCUCCCAGAACCAAAGAAGUCAUCAUCAACGGCCAGACCGUGAAACUUAAGUACUGUUUCACCUGCAAGAUCUUCCGUCCCCCGCGCGCCUCCCACUGCAGCCUGUGCGAUAACUGCGUAGAACGGUUUGAUCACCACUGUCCCUGGGUAGGCAACUGUGUGGGGAAAAGAAACUACAGAUUUUUUUAUAUGUUUAUUUUAUCCCUGUCUUUUCUGACAGUCUUUAUAUUUGCAUUCGUUAUCACCCACGUCAUCCUUCGUUCCCAGCAAACAGGAUUCCUCAACGCCCUCAAGGACAGCCCUGCGAGUGUGCUAGAGGCCGUGGUCUGCUUCUUCUCCGUCUGGUCCAUCAUCGGCCUCUCGGGAUUCCAUACAUACUUGAUCAGCUCCAACCAGACAACCAAUGAAGAUAUCAAAGGAUCUUGGUCAAACAAAAGAGGGAAAGAAAAUUACAAUCCCUACAGCUACGGGAACAUCUUCACCAAUUGCUGCGUGGCUCUGUGCGGGCCCAUCUCGCCAAGCCUCAUUGACAGACGGGGGUACAUCCAGCCCGACACCCCGCAGCCCGCCCCACCUUCCAACGGGAUCACCAUGUACGGAGCCACGCAGUCCCAGAGUGACAUGUGCGACCAAGACCAGUGCAUUCAGAGCACCAAAUUCGUUUUGCAGGCCGCGGCCACGCCCCUGCUGCAGAGCGAGCCCAGCCUGACCAGCGACGAGCUGCACCUGCCGGGCAAGCCGGGCCUGGGCACCCCGUGCACCAGCCUGGCGCUGGGCCAGCCCACGCCGCCCUCCUCCAUGCCCAACCUCGCCGCCGAGGCCGCGCUCUCGGACAUUCUGCCCCUGAAGGACGAGCACAGGGGCCACCAGUUCCUCACCCCGGAGGAGGCGCCCUCGCCGCGGCGGAUGCUGGGGGGCAGCCCCCUGGCGCACAGCCGCACCGCGCACGUGCUGGGCCUGGCCAGCCAGGACUCGCUGCACGAGGACUCCGUGCGAGGCUUGGUGAAGCUCAGCUCCGUGUGACCCCGGCGCCC